CAGAACGUGUGGAUUCUGGUGACCGUAGAUGAGAGCGAAACGUGUCUUUUAUCUUUUUUUAAAUCUUCACAACAAACUAAUAAAGCAACGGUAAAGGGGAAACAAUAGGUCGUAAUAUAACGUCUCAACAACUGCCCUAAUACCAACGAAGAAGACUUUUUGUGUCCCUCGAGCAAACGAGUAUAUCACAGGACAGCUAACAGCUAAUCUGUCAAUUGUGUAAACAUGGAGACACCAGAUAGUUCAGCAGAGAUAACCAUGAUAAACAUAACUGUCAUUCGUGGCAAUAACCUGCAAGGAAAAAAGGCAGAGAGCUUGAGUUUUCUGAAGGUUGAAACAGAUGGAAUGAUGCUGGGGGAGUCAGAGAGGAAGGAACUCAACCCGUUGGAGCAUUGUGUUGAAUACAACUUUACCUGCAGCUUCCCUGCUCCCAGCGGCGCUCACGCACUGAGUGGCAUGGCCCACAAACCCAUCAUAGUGACAGUGUCAGAGAUUCUGCCCAAGGUGAAGAAAGCUGAUGCAAAGACAGUGGUGCUGGGCCAGGCUGUGGUCGACCUGCUGCCGCUGCUGCAAGGUAAGCGCAGCUUCUCAUCCACUGUCCCACUACAUCCACUCACCAGCUCCACAAUCAAAGAUGUCAUUCAGCAAGCAACCCUGGAUGUGCGCAUCAGUGUACCGACUCCACUGCUGUCUGAGGCUGAACUCUCACCCUCCAACAUGCUGACAGUAACCGUAGAGACAGCCUACUCCCUCCCUGAUUCACUGACACCUGGCACUAGCCCAGCUUCCGCCGCCUAUACUGCUGCGCUGGAGGUCCCUCUGACUGCAGAGGAGGAUCAGGUGCUGGUGUUUUGUAAAGGACACCUGAAGUCAGGGGGGCAUAGGGAAAUUAAAACCAGACUGAAGAAGAGACUCCAUCUGGACGUGCUGGUCCCAGACAACCACUUCAUCCAUGGAGCCUAUUUCCACGAAGAGCCCAUCGAGCUGGAGGACGGCGAGCUGACCGGCAUCGAGGACCGGGCCUUUCGUGAGGAGGCAGAGACUUUCAAGUGCAGGGUGAGCUGGGACACUGAGAUGCACUGCUUCAUGGAUGAAGAUGGAACUGCCAGGCUUCGGCAGAGGAUCACUGAGAGCAGACUGUGGCCAGUGGAGAUCAUGAGGACGGUCACAACGUUACGAAAGGGCAAACAGACAACUGAGGAGAACAUAGAGAGGUCCAUCCAUGGGGUUGCGUUUGUGGACAUGGGACGGCUGCUAUAUCCCGGAGUCACGCGCAUCCGAGGAGCGUACACCGUUCAUCCCUUUUCUGGGGCCACGCUGAUGAACAGGCUCCCUGCCAAUCAGAGUCGGGCAACUUCAGCAGACAGCGCAAACAGCCACCGGUCAAGUCAAGUGAAGAUGAAUCAUGUCAAGGCGAGUCAAGUGAAGACCAAACCUGAAGUGUACAUGAACACAGAGGGAAAUGUGUUUACAGGCUCCAAGACUUACGUGAUGAUUGAGGUAGCCUUGGAUAAACCACUGGUGCCCAAAACUACUCCAGAGGAACUGACCAGAAGGGUGAAGGCACUGAUCCCACCCAGAGCAGAUCAAGCGGGUCUAAGUAGAGCGGAAAGGGCAGUGCUCGACUUCCACAAGCAGGUAGCCAACGUGGUGAGCCACGUUUCAGACCAGUAUAAUGAAUUACUAAAAGCAGGAUGUAAGCCGCUGGAAGACUGCAGCUGGGAGCAAAUGAAAGUUCAGCUGAUUGGAUCGCUCAAUGACUCGGGGAGAUACUUUGCCUUCAAGGAGCAAAUGAAGCAUGCAGUGGUGAAGGUCGUACGUGACGAGAUGCAGAGGACGGAGCCGUUCACCGACCCUCAGGAGCGACAGGCUUUCGUUAGCAAGCUCUACGUUUACCUGGUGGAUGAGAUGCACGUAGCGCUUGACAAGAUUUAUUCAGACGACACUGUCCAUGACCCUCCAGAUGAAAAUCAUUUGAGUUGUUCGCAGCUGAAACAUUUUGCAAGGGAGGCUCAGCUUACUGGGGAUUAUGAGCAGGCUUCUCAGUACUACCAAGAGCUAGUGGUGAGGUGUCCCAAGGAGCCCUCCUACAAGUACAUGUGGGGGAGCCUGUACAUGCUAACGGGAGACUACAUGAAGGCUAAAGAGUGUUUCUACGACGCCAUGUCCGUGCAGCAGGCGCAUCACCCCAGCCUGAUGAUGUGUGGAGUCUUGGCAGCAACAUUUGAACAUUAUGAUGAGGCCCAGACGUUCCUGGAGCAGGCGACCAGCAUAGAUCCGUCCAGUGUGGUGGCCUGGACACUGCUCGGUUUGCUCUAUGAGAGCCAGAAUGAUUCCAUCAUGGCGGAGUGGGCUUAUAAGGAGGCCAGAAAGCAACUGAAGCCAGUCAAGGAAAAUGUGCAAACACAGAGAGUGGAGAACAAAACUGUUGAUAGUGAGGAGUUUGAGCAAGUGGAGACAGACACUCCUGGGCAGUCUUCUACUGAUGAUCAAGAUCACAAGUCUGUUGAGCCGGACCCAGAGACACACAAUGAGCCUUCAGCGAAACAGUCCUCCUCCAUUUACAUAGACACUGCUGGGUUCCUCUUGAAGAAUAAUGCUUUGAAGAUGGCCGAGCAUGCUCUGGCCCAGGAGCUCCUGUCUUCAGACGGUGGUCGCAGUGCCUGCUACCUCAAUCAUCUAGCUCAGCUACAGCUGCUCAAAACCGACUACAGCAGUGCUGCCACAAACCUCAAGGAGGCACUGCGUCUCAAUGAUCAGCAGGAUGCGGACAUAUGGGCUCUGCGCGGUCACUGUCACUACCUGCAAGGAGAAGUAGCCAAUGCCCAGGAGUGUUACGAGCAGAGCCUGAAACUCCAGCAGCAUCCAUCGCACCUCGUCCUCCUACGCAUGGGGUCCGUCUACCUCCAGCAGGAGCGGUAUGAAGAAGCUAAAACAGUCUACCUGCGAGCCUGUGAGCAGUUUGCGUCCUGCCUGACGUGGCUGGGUCUGGGAACCGCCUGUUACCAGCUGGAGGAACUGGACAUCGCUGAGGAAGCUUUCACUGAGGCCAACCAUUUGAACAACCAUAAUGCAGAGGUGUGGGCCUACCUGGCUCUGAUAUGCCUCAAGACCGGCAGACAAGAGGAAGCAGAUCAGUUUUAUAAAUAUGCAAAAGGGUUCAAACUGCAGAAGGAGUCGCUCAUGAAAGAGUUCAGCGAGCUGAACAAUCAGCUGCGCUUCAGUCGCCUGUCGUCGUGCUUCGUAAGAAGCUCUGCCGAAGAGUUUUAAAUCAACAUUGUUAUGCAUUUUAUUUACAUGUACUUGUGAAAGCGCACAGCCCAGGAAGCUAUAUAGUUCAAUUAACAGAAAAGGGGGCAUAUAAAAGUGAUAUCAACAGAACACUGCGAUAAAAUAUCUAAUUUAAAGCAAAACAGGAUACUUGGUUAUGGGCUUACUUAUUGAAAAAAGGAUUUCCUAAUUUCAGUUAAGUCCUCUUCAUAUUUUUUGGAAAAUAGAUUUUGAACUCAUAUUACAUAUUACAUUUACAAAUUAUGGUUAUCCACUGUGUACCAAGUGUUAAAUAAAAAAUUAAAACCAUCUUCACUAGUCCUGGUCCAUACUGUGGUCAGCUACAGUGAUUGGUUAUAGUAGCUGUUUAUCUUUAACAAAAGAGUGUGGAAUUUAAUCAUUUCAGUCACAAAGUAGGAGCUGAAAAACAGAACAUUUGCAUUUUGUUGGCUGGAUUUGCCCUUUACAGGUUUUUAAUCUGGUAAAAUCUGAGUGAUUGGUCAAAUGGAACACCUGGAAUGGAAUGGGUUUACUGGCUUUUUACAGAAAACUCUAACAGGUACAUGACGCUGAUUGAGCAACAGCCUCUCGGGAAAAAUUGCAUUUAAUUGACUAAAUUGGCCCUUUAUACGUUUUUAAUCAGGUAUUAUGGUCAAAUAUUACACUGAAUCAUGUCUCUUUAAAGCACAAACAACAUUUCAGUCACAGGAUAGGAGCUGCAAAGCAUUUUCCCCCCUCAGUAACAUAUAACAUAAUAGGUGUAAUGGCUGCACUUUACUUGUUUUUUCCACAUUUAAUUUGUAAAUUUCCCCCCA